CACAACUGUUGACCGCUGAUAAAAAGGUGAACGUUUGGCGCAGUGCUGUAAUAGAAUCUGGGUAGCUGUGAAGGUUAUUUUGUGAUAAGGAUUUUUAUAAGGCGGAUUUUAUUCUUUCCCAAUGUCAGAACACGACUUGCAGUGCCCCAAGAAGCCGAAGAUGGCCAGCUCUCUAGAUCAAUUGAAAACUUUUACCACCGUCGUUGCCGAUACCGGCGACUUUGAAGCAAUGAAAAAGUACAAACCCACAGAUGCAACAACAAAUCCCUCACUCAUAUUGGCCGCUGCAAAUCUACCACAAUACAAGGAACUAAUUAAUAAAGCAGUAAAAUAUGGCAAAGACACUAAAGGUACAUUAUCCGAAAAACUUACUGCCUCAAUGGAUAUGUUAUGUGUUCUGUUUGGUGUCGAAAUACUAAAAAUUAUUCCUGGUCGAGUAUCAACGGAGGUUGAUGCAAGAUUGUCUUUCAACAAAGAAGCAAGCAUUGCAAAGGCUAUUCGCAUAAUACAACUAUAUAAAGAACAUGGAAUUGAUAAGAAAAGAAUCUUAAUUAAAUUGGCAUCAACAUGGGAAGGAAUACAAGCUGCAAAGGAAUUAGAAGAAAAACAUGGAAUACAUUGUAAUUUAACGUUACUAUUUUCUUAUGCACAAGCUAUCGCAUGUGCAGAGGCAGGUGUCACAUUAAUUUCACCAUUUGUGGGCCGAAUACUUGACUGGCACGUGGCUAACACAGACAAAAAAUUCUUUUCUGGCGAAGAAGAUCCCGGUGUGCUAUCAGUUACGAAAAUCUACAAUUAUUACAAAAAAUUCAACUACCGAACUGUCGUAAUGGGUGCAUCUUUUAGAAAUAUUGAGGAAGUUAAAGCAUUGGCCGGAUGCGAUUUACUCACAAUUAGCCCGGCAUUAUUGGGACAGCUCGAAAAUUCGGACAAAGUGGUCACAAAACGAUUGAGUGUGGACUCCGCAAUGGCCUCUGAUGUUGAGAAACUGGCGCUUGAUGAAAGUAAAUUUCGCUGGCUGCAUAAUGAAGAUGUUAUGGCUACCGAUAAGUUGGCAGAUGGAAUUCGAAAGUUUGCCGCGGACGCGGUUAAAUUGGAAAAUAUGUUGAAAGAACUGUUGAAAUGAUGUGGUAAUCGAAGUCUACAGAAAGCAUUCCUGGGGUCUUAUUUUACAUAGGAGUAUACUUUUGUAUAAGUUUUUAUAAAAUACAUGGUUUUGUGGUCACAA